AGCAUAGAAUAUUAUAUAAAUAAGUUCAAUAAAAUUAUGAAUCCAAUGCAAAGACCAAGUACACUGUCAGAAACAGCUCACAUUGCUUCAUUUGCUCUUCUUAGCUCAUCGUGUGCAUGUUGCAAGGGAAGAUGUCAAUACCGUUACACAGUUCCGUGCUCUACUCUGCAAUAUUGUUCACCUUUAUGUAGCAGUCAAGUUCAAAUACCUCAAGCUGUUUGUCUUACUGCGUUAUCAACUCAGUUGAUACCUCAAGUUCAAAUGGCAAGUUGUUGUUGUCAGCAACAAGUGCAAUCUGUUAUGCCUCUUAUUCAACCAACUUCUUCAUUUUCACGUUGUCAUCAUCAACAAACUCAUUCUUCUAGUAAUUUAGUGAGAAGAGUUCAUUUGACCUCUGAUAAUGUUACAUACCCAACGCCAUAUUAUGCCACAUCAUUUGUUCCGUUACCCAACACACACCAUUCAUGGGAACCUACCACCGGCUAUAGAGGAAGUCAGUAUUCUCAACAGUAUGACAUGCAUUUGCGAAACAAUGAAACACAUGCUCCAGAAUAUCAUUCUCAUAUACAUCAUCAUGUAAAUCGAAAUCAUCCGCUUACAAUGUGCACAAGAGAUAGUACAAGUGAAGUUUUUUCGUUGGUGGGCUACACUUCACAUGUUUAUUUUGAAACAGGCCGUUAUAUUACUCCAACUUCAUUGUGUUCAAAUCGAAGUUCUGGUAAUAGAGAGGGCCACAGAAGUGAAUCACGUUUUCAUAUGCGCCAAUCGUCUAGAACUAGUUCUUAUCCGUACCCUCAAAUAAUUCAUCCAGUUUCUUAUCAAUACCCAACAUUUCCUACAUCAAGAACUUUUCCUUAUCUGAUUAGUGUAGAAGCUGAGCCGAUAAAUGAUUGGGAAACACAAGAGAAACACAAAUUUGGUCUUAAAAAAGAACAAAUUGAAAUGUUACCUCACUAUACUUUGACAAAAUAUUCUAUGGCAGAUUUUACGGCAGACGAACGAUGUGUUAUAUGCAUGUGUGAAUAUGCAGUUGAAGAAAAGCUUCGUAUUUUGCCGUGUGCUCACGAAUUUCAUUCCGAGUGCGUUGAUCAAUGGUUGGAGACGAGUUCUACUUGCCCCAUUUGUCGUCAUGUUGUUGACGAAGGUCAAUGAUGAAACUUUUGUGAAUCUUUUUUAGUUAAAAUAUUUGUAAGGUUCUUUGCUCGCAGUUUUUA